AUGGUUUACUAAUCCAUUGGAAUAUCAUUGGCAUUCUAUAUGAUUUUUACAGCAUCCUAUGUCAUCCAAUUAAUAGUGUUGUUUUUCAGAAGCAAUAAAAACUUGAAUAGAUACAUAUAUUAUCACAUUUAUUUAUUAAUACUCCUUUAUAGUGUAGGCUAAUUAGUAUAAAUUUAUUAUUACAAUUUUUAAGAAGAACUGACUAAAUUAACAGCAUAUCAAAAUGAGGAGAACAAGCAAGAUGCUUUAAAAGACUUGCAAGAAGAAGGCCAAUUGGCAUAAACUAUUUGGCAAUUGUAUUUUAUGUGUACUGUGAUAAUAAUAGUAGUAUUCAAGAUAUCUUAUUUGUAUUUUGGCUUGCACUAAUAUGUUAAAUUCAUGGAGAUCGAAUUAUGA